AUGGAUGAUGAAAUCUUGAGGCUGAGGCGUUUACUUCAAGAAAAACAACAGAAGCUCGAAGAUGAACAACGACGACGCGUAGAGGCCGAGGGCCGUGUGCUGAACGAGCAACGCCGACGCGAAGCAGCCGAGGAGGCCGCCCAACCAUCGCAACUACAGACGCUCCAGCCGUACCUUGAAGCCUGCCACUCACUGAACCUUGCCAUUCCCAUCGUGACGGAUCCCUCCUCGACUACGCAAGGCGACACGACCAACCCUACCGGCCGUAGAUUUACUCAAAGAAUCGUCCCAUGGCGCGACUUCGCGGCCAGGCAAGCAGGCGUCUGUAACCGUCUCGCGGCCGGCCGUUCAUUCUCAUCACGGCCUCUCUUCCCGGCCCCUAUUCAGCUCAAAUAUGUCAAGUCCAUGCUCUACCCCAUCAGCAGUGAGAUUGGGUUCCGUAUUUUCGAGCAUGAAACGGUCGAGAACGCUGUCCGGACGUUGUUUAGCGAGGCAUAUAGCGACCCAGAGCUUCGGUCCGCGCUCGACCUACAAUGCACUAUCACGUUCGAAAGCCACACCAACCUUGGGAAUAAUAACGAGACCACCUCCCAGUCUAUGGAACGCAUAUCUAUCAGCAGUGAUAAUACUGCUGUUAAGCCAGCAACAAAGAAGAAGGUCGCUAAAAGGGCUUAUGGCAAGGCGAUAGGAAAAGGCAACCGAGCAGAUCAGUUCUGCAUAUAUAAGGAUGAACAGGGGCGACGCGUACCCGUCAUUGCUAUCGAGUACAAGCCACCACACAAGCUGGGUCGAGACGAGAUUAUGGCCGGUCUCCAGUGGGAAAUACAGCCCGAGCGGGACGUGAUACACAAUGACGGCAAGGGCUAUAACUUGAUGUUGACGAGGCUCGCGGCCGCCGUCGUGACCCAGCUGUUCUCCUAUAUGAUCGGCAAGGGUGUCCAGUAUGGGUAUGUAUGUACCGGUGAGGUUUUCAUCUUUCUGUUCAUUCCCGACGAUCCAUCCGUCGUCUACUAUCAUACAUCCGUGCCAGACCUCGACGUGCGAGACGACGAUGAUAACAGGCUUCAUCGCACUGCCGUCGCCCAGGUAUUUGCGUUUAUCCUCCAGGCCGUCGUCGACGACGUGCUGAAGGAUAUCGAACAAACACCAGAGAAGAACACUCGGGGCAACCCUCCGUACAAGGCGCAGCGCUGGAAAGGUUUCGAGCGGUCACCGACCCGGACACGCUUCAGCUCCGGCUGCAAGCCACCGGAAUUAAAUCUACAGCCCAAGAGCGACGGAAAUUACGAUGACUAUAAUAAUGAUCAUAAAUCGGGUCCGGCUUCCCCAUCACCUAAUCAACCCCCCUACCCCGGCAAGCACACAGCCACGUCAAGGACUCAGACUUCUAGGGACCGAAAUCAAAAGCAAACGGGAAAACAGAAGAUCCAGGACCGGCCAUUCUGCACUCAAAAGUGUCUUCUGGGACUGGCUCGCGGUGGGCUAAUUGAUACGGCGUGCCCUAACAUCGCAGAUCACAAAGGUCAACAUAUCGAUCAGCCUGAAUUCAUCCGGCUUAUCCGCGCCCAGCUCGCCACCGAUCGUGGUCGCGAUGCAGACUGCGCGCCGCUUUAUCUGGCCGGUGCGCUUGGAGCGCUCUUCAAGCUGCGGCUAUCUUCUCACGGCUAUACACUGGUGGCUAAAGGUAUGAAAGAUCCGGAUUAUAGUCGCUUACAACAUGAGCACGCCAUAUACAAACAGCUCCAACCAAUCCAAGGGGAACACCUGCCCGUGUGCCUCGGCAUGACAGACCUGGUCCUACCGUACUAUUAUGACCAAGGACUGUAUACAAACUUCCUAUUUCUCAGCUUUGGUGGGCUGCCGCUGGUCGAAUGCAUCAACCAGAUCGACAAGUAUGACGUCCUCGAUGCCGUCAGAACAGCCUACAUGAGUAUGCACCAAUUACGUGUCUUACACUCCGAUGCAGAAAUAAGGAAUAUUUUGUACAACGUACAAACUAAAAAAAAUCAUGAUCGUAGAUUUUGA